AUGGCUCUUCAACCACAAGAGAAAUGCGAAGAUCUUCGUAAUUUAUACGAUUAUACCAGUAUUGAGACUUCUCAAUAUUUUGAAAAUAUUAUUCAAAAUCCCGGAAUAAAAGUUGCUUUUAGUCUAAUAACAGAUAUUGUUAGUAAUGGGACAACAGUACCAUCCUCAUCAAAUAAUAGUCUAUCAUCUAAUAUUGAAGAUUAUAAUGACAUUGACAAAAGUCUUUGGACUGCAUCCGAUAUCGAAUACAAAAUUGAAGAAUUAAUAAAAAAUCCAGAGUUUAAUAUCUUAGACUUGCCGUGCAAUGAAACAAAUGGUUGGUUACAAAAAGAAAUAGAUAAGAUCGAGUUAGAAAAUAUCGAUAAAUCAAUUCAAGAUCGACAAAUGAAUGUUGCAACUCAGCCACCAACCAACAUUCGUCGACGAUAUCGAAGUGAUGGAAAACGUCAGAUUGAAAAAUCUCGCUCAAAGCCGAUGACAAUCAAAUUACCAAAUUUAAAAAAUUGUAUAUUAAAUGCAAAUCAAUCAUUUUGGAUUGAGUUAAUACUCAUAACUACUCAAGAAAAUCCUGCAAAAAAAGUGUUCAUUCAUAUUGAUAAAAUAGAAUAUCAUGCAAAUGAUUUACCAGAAUGUGAUCAUGGAUUUGUACGAAUUCCACUAACUCCAGCAGAUAUUCAAAAAGGAAUAAAACAACUAGCACGUAUAUCAAUCAUCAAAGAAAAAUUAGAUUCAUACACGUUUAAAUUAACACCCUUCGAUCAGUUAUCAAUAGAUAAUUCAAUUGAAAUAUAUGAAAAUAAAAAUGUAAAGGCACUUAUUAAAAAAGCUAAACGUUUUCGUGACGCAUACAAUUUAACAUCAAGUCGUAUUGUAUGUCAAUUACUCGUUAAACAAAAUGAGACAUGGCAUAAAACAGAUAUUAUAUGUGAAACAAAUAUUAUGAAAGAAAUAAAAAAACCGAAAAAACUAAAUAAGCGUUCAAAAUCUUCUAAUAUCAGAAAUCAUGAUGAGAAUGAUGAAGACGAUGAUUAUUUAGUUCAUUGUCGAAACAUGCCUGUUACAGCUUUUCAAGAAUUUCUUUCAAUAUCUACUGAUCAAGAACUAACAGUUCCAAGUGAAAAUAUAAACGAAGAAUUUCAAUGUGUGCUAUUAGAUAUUCAAAUUAACGAUAAUGGCAUAAAAAAUAAUGUACAUCAAUCGAUGGAUGUGCAUGAGGAAGAAGGAGAGACAGAAGAAGUCAUGUUACAAAAUGGAAUAAUCAAUCAAGAAACUGAUAGUAUGGAUGUCCAAGCAAUUGUAAAUGCGAUAUAUUACUAUGAUAAUCCAAUCAUGCGAAUGCAUACACAGCCGGUUGCAAGACAUCAUAUUCGUUAUCGUACGGAUGGAAUUCGUUAUUUAGAACAAUCUCGUCGCAAUCCAAUGUCUAUUGAAGUUUUACCUAUAUUAAAUGGAUGUUUAACAAAAGUAGAACAAUCAUUUUGGCUUGAACUUACAUUAGUUACUACACAACAAAAUCCACAACAUAAAAGAUUUCUUCAUCAACAUGAAAUGAUUAAUAAUGAAGAAAAUGUAGAACAAAAUGGCUUAGGAUCAUUCCGUGUUCUAUUAACAGAAGAAGAGAUUCGUCGACGAAGAAAAAUAUUUCGACAUUUGUCCAUAAUGAAAACACGACUUAAUAAUUAUACAUUUCAAUUAAUUCCAUUCGAUCCGUUCAUGGAAGAUAAUCAUGUCGAAGCUUAUACAUUGCCAAAUGAAGAACGUAUGACAAAAGUACAAAAAGCAAAAUGUUUCGAUCAAACAUAUCAUACAAACCAGUACCAAAUUGUUUGUCAAUUAAUUAUAAAACAAAAUGAUCAAUGUUUGAAUUCUUUAUUUUUUACAACUCUUACAGUAAAUUGGUUGGACGACACUGAUAUUGAUUCAUGUUUAAAAGACAUAAUCGAUGGCAAAGAUUCAUUAAAUGUUACUUCAGGUUUCAAGUUCGGCAAUGGUUCCAUUGUUCCAACAGAAUUGGUUGAUCCUCUACUAGAUAGUCAAUUGAACAUUGAUGCUAUCCUAAAGAAUGAAGAAUUUACAGGAGACGAAUUUGACCAAAUUCUAGUCGGUAGUUUACCUGAGGAAACAAUUGUAUCACAAGAUAAUAAUCAAGAGAAUGUGAACGAAAAUCAGAAAAAAAUGAGUUUCGAGAUAAAUACAAAUCAAUUUGCCUGUAUCGAUGAUGUAAUGACUGUCAAAGAACAACCAAAACCUGAUCAACGUGCUCGUUAUGAAAGUGAUGGUCCACGUUUUUUGCCUGAUUCAAAAAAACAUCCAAUGUCUAUUGAAUUGCCGGAUUUAUCAUUAAUAUCAUUGCCUGAAAAUGCAUCAUUUGGAAUUGUUCUAACAAUGGUAACAUCAACAAAAAAUCCAAGAAAUAAAACAUUUGUACAUGUCAAUGGUAUUAAGUAUCGUACUGAAGAUGCAAUCGAAAUAGGUUGUGGAAGUAUUUUUCUUCCAUUAACUAAAUCAGAUAUACUAAAAUGCGAAAAAAAAUUUCCACGUUUAUCUAUAAUCUGUAAAAAAUUUGAAGAUUAUACAUUUGAUUUAACAUCAUUUAAUCUAUUAACUGUUGAUAGAAUAACAGAAAAAUAUACACUUACAAAUGAAGAUGAUAUUGGCAAAGUAGCAAAAGGAAAACAACUCACCAUUGAUUAUGAUCUACUUUGCUAUAAAAUUAUCUUUCAGUUAGCAUUGAAACAAGAAAAUAUUUUUAUGAUUUCAAAUAUUAAAUGUGAAACAGAGAUAAUUAAUGAACAAAAAGCAGCAAAAAAAGGUGUUAAACGAAAAGCUUCAUCAAACAAAAAAAUGCCCAAAAAAAGAAAGGGCAACAUUUGUAUGGCUAUGAUAAAUCCACCUAAGAAAUUCAACUCAUCAAAAUCAACAAGCAAUCAACAUGCGUUCACUCGAAAAUCUAAUUGUAAAAUAAAUCAAGUCAAAGGUUCAUCUGUAGAUAGUUCAUAA